AUGGGUCAGACCAGUAGCUGGAGGUUGGCUCCCAACAGAAUUGAGACCAGUUGUCCAAGCCAUAGAGAAACACAAAUCCUAACAUGUGUCACUAAAUUCCAUCUCCUGGAUCUUUCGGAGGACCCAGACCUACAGCCCAUCCUUUUUGGUCUGUUCCCUUUCCUGUACCUGGUCUCCAUGCUUGGAAAUCUGCUCAUCAUCCUGGCUAUCACCUCUGACCCCAACCUCCACACCCCCAUAUACUUCUUCCUCUCCAUCAUCUCCUUGGCUGACAUUGGCUUCACCUCCACCACCAUCCUCAAGAUGCUGGUGAACAUCCAGACUCACCACAGAGCCAUCUCUUGCACAGGCUGCCUCAGACAGUUGUCCUUUUUUUUUUUUUUUGCCAUUUUUGCAUGCAUGGGUGACAUGCUUCUGACUAUUAUGGCUUAUGACCGGUAUGUGGCCAUUUGUCUCCCCCUGAAAUACACAGUCAUCAUGAAUCCCCAUGUCUGUGCAUUCUUAGUUUCAGUAUCUUUUGUGGUUAGCCUUCAGGACUCACAGUUGCACCUUUUCAUUUUCUUCAAGUUCCCUUCCUUCAAGGACUUUGACAUUGCAAGUUUCUUCCAUAACCCUGCUCAGCUCCUCAGUUUGUGUUGUUCUGACACAUUAACUCAUGAUGUUGUCAUGUAUUUCACCAGCACUGUAUUUGCCUUUUUUCCUAUCUUGGGGAUCAUCUGGUCUUACUAUGAAAUUGUCUCUUCUAUUCUGCAAAUGUCAAUCCCAGCUGGGUGGCACAAAGCCUUCUCUACUUGUGGUUCUCACCUAUCAGUGGUUUGCUUAUUUUAUGGAACUGGGAUGGGGGUGUACCUUUUCUCAGAUGUUGCAUCUUUCCCCAGAGAGAGCACAGUAGCCUCAGUGAUGUGCACAGUGGUCACUCCUCUCCGAAACCCCUUCAUCUACAGCCUGAGAAACAAGGACAUUCAAAGUACCCUGUGGAGUCUCUACAGAAGAAAAACAUUUCCAUCUUCUUCCAUUUGA